AAAAUACCCGCCAUAAGUAACGCGCAUGCUAGCUAACCAAUACAUUUUUAGUAGUAAUCAACUGUCAUGUGUCACAGAUAGACUUUGACGUUGUUGAUGCAUCAUAGAACAGUUCAUAUGAGUUAAUUGUUCGUUCAUCAAUUGCUGUUGCUCAUAAAUACUACUUUAAAAGUGAGAACAAUAGUUACUUCAAGGCUAAUAUUGAAAAAGUGCACGAUCGUAUUUCUGUUCGCGCUAUCCAAGUGAUCGAGUAUUCAUCAUGCCAAUUUUAUAUAGCGUGGUGGCUCGAGGAACAACAAUAUUAGCAAAAUAUGCUUCGUGUACUGGAAACUUUGAUGAAGUAACAGAGAACAUUCUGACAAAAAUUCCACCUCAAAAUGACAAACUUACGUAUUCACAAGGACAGUAUUUAUUUCAUUAUAUCUGUGAAAAUAACAUUAUUUAUAUGUGUACCACAGAUGCUGAUUUCCAAAGAUCCAGAGCAUUUUUGUAUCUUGCAGAAAUGAAAGGAAGAUUUUUAGCUGCUUAUGGUCAAGAUGCGCAAACUGCAGUUCCAUAUGCAAUGAAUACAGAUUUUGCCAGAACUUUAGCCAGUACAAUGAAACAUUACAACGAAUCCAAUCAAGAAAUCGAUGUACUAGCUAAUGCUCUCGGCGAUUUAGAUGAAUUAAAGGACAUAAUGAGCAAAAAUAUUGAUAAUGUUGCGAUGCGGGGAGAACGGUUAGAAUUACUUGUAAACAAGACUGAAAAUUUAACUGCCAACUCGGUUACAUUUAGGAAAACAAGUAGGAAUUUGGCACGCUCCUUAUUUUGGAAAAAUGUUAAAAUCUACGUUAUAGUUGCUGCCAUUUUAAUUGUUGUCGUAUACGUUAUUGUAUCGAUAUCUUGUGGAGGUUUGGCUUGGCCAAAAUGCGUUGGAAAUUAAUUUAUUUUUGUAAUAUUCAGACACGAAAAUUGUGUCUUUAAAUUGUGAUAAGAAUUUAAUCGAAGCCAAUUUGCGAAAAAAUACACAUACAAUGUAUAUUUUAAUUAUAUUUCUAAUUCAUACUAAGUUGAAAAGAAACUAAAAUAUCGUUUAAUUCUACGGCUUUUACGAGAUAAAAGUUAUGUAAAAAAAAUAAUAUUAGAAAAUGUAUAAAUAUAAAUAUGUAAUCCUUCUAAUAUUUUUAUUAUAUAUCUUACCAAAAAAGUAUAAACACCGUUGAUAUUUCUCGUAUGACAAAUGUAAUUUUAACAUCACUAUUCGUAUAUCUACGAAUAAACUCUGUAAAAAAAAAUAAAAAUAAACAAAUGGAAAAAGAUAUAGAUAAAA